AUGAAUUUCUCCUCCCUCCUCCUCGUCGUCCUCGUAUCCGCCCUCGCGGACGCGACGCUCGAGCCGGCCACCUCCAACACCAAGGGCAAGUGCCCCUCGAAAUACGCCUGCAGCGCUACAAAGGUCUCGAAGGCCAUCCAGGCAGCCGAGUGCUCGCACAACACGCGCACCGGCAAGGCCCAGACCUUCGCCGUCUUCGAGACGGACCACCAGUACGACGCCAGCCACGGCGCCCCCUACGGCACCUGCUCCGCGUACACCUGCGACGCGCCCACCCAGAUGCUUGCCGACGCGGACUGCUGGACUUUCUUCUGGAGCGGCACCGGCGAGCAGAGCGGCGUCGGCACCGGUUGCAUCAGGGACCCGAACACGGGCGACUGCGGCUGCGAGAACUCCGAUGGCACCUUUAUCCCCGGCAGCGACAGCUGCAAAUGA